AUUAUGUUUAUUUAUUCUGGAGCAUCUAUGCGAAUUUGUAAUACGUAUGAUAAUAUUGACAAAAGGGAAUGUAGGUUUCACGAAAAAAAAAUCUAUUGCACUUUACCUGUAGAUUCUUCUUUUGGCGGUCCUAAGUAUGAGUCAGAU